AGCAAGAGAGAAACUAGAGAUGAGGUUGAUAACGCACAACAUGCUUUCUUGCAACAUCAAAGGAGUCACCAAUGGAUUUCCUCUACGGAUCGAAGCUGGGAACGUGAUUGAGAAGGAAGUCGAUUUCAAUCCCGAUUUUAUCAGGCACAUGUUCGCGAAGAUUGAGUGGAAAGCUCUUGUGGAAGGUGCGCGUUCCAUGGGAUACGCUGAGUUACCGGAGGAUUCUCCGGACGCGGCGGUGCUGAAAUCAGAUGAGCCCUUCCUUAAGAAACUCCACCACGCGUUGCUCGAGCUCCACCUCGAAGAAGGCGCGCUUGUUUGCCCUGAGACUGGUCGGAAGUUUCCGGUUAACAAAGGAAUCCCAAAUAUGCUUCUUCAUGAAGACGAGGUUUAAUUGAUUGGGAAAAUUUUACUUUGAGAUAUGCAAUUGAAUCAUCCCUUUUCGUCGUUUUGGAUCCUUGAAUUGUAUUGGUAGGGUUUUAUCAGAAGAAUGGUGCCUGAUUGCUUAAAAUUUAUACCCUUAUUUUGAGUAUUGUUUCAAGUAGUUGGUCACUGAUCUUUAUUACCGGUGCAUCCUCUGGAUUUGGAUUACAUUGUUGGUCUCUCUUAAUUAUUGUGCGUAUGGGUGAUCAUGAGUCAUAACCCUCUUGCUCAUAAAGCACUGAGCUUUGC